UAACUCUGAUCUCACUCUCACACUCGCACAGAACUUGUUCUCAGUCUCACUCUCACAAGAACACGUUCAUCCAUGGAAGCUCACGAUUUCCACCGAUUUGAUCUCGUUUUCCACCGAUUUCACUCUCCUGAUUUGCACUCUCGAUUAAACCUUAAAAUCUCCUCUCAAUCCUCUUCCUGAUUCCUCAAUCUCAAGUUGGUUAUGUUUUUCCGUUCGCUUCCAUUUCCGUGGCCACAACCACCGCACGCCGCCGUAGCAGCAACCUCCUCCGCCGUCGUUCUCUCUUCGAUUUUCUCAUGGAUGCAUCCCUCAGAGACUCAACAACCUCUACAACGUCGCAUGCCGCAUUCUCCGGAAGCCAUAGUUUUACCACCAUGGGUUGCUCUUGCUGUUCGUCCAAGGCCUGGUGUUUGAGAGUAUUUGAGAGUGAAUGUGCAUUCUCUUGUUGUUGAAGAGUUGCAACCUGCUGAGUUUCUACACUUCAAGGAGGAACUUGUUGAUGGAAGUUCUAAUGGCAACUUUGUGCUUGUGUUGGACUUUGAACCAUUUAAUGCAUCGUUUCCUCGCCCAACCCUGAACAAGUCAAUUGGGAAUGGUGUGGAAUUCCUCAAUCGCCACCUUUCUGCUAAACUCUUCCAUGACAAGGAGAGCUUGCAUCCACUUCUGGAAUUUCUCAGACUUCACAACUACAAUGGAAAGACUUUGAUGUUGAAUGACAGGAUUCAAACCCCGAAUGCUCUCCAACAUGUUCUGAGGAAAGCUGAAGAGUUCUUAGGCACACUUCCUCUUGAGACACCUUACUCAGAAUUUGAACACAGGUUCCAGGAAAUUGGUUUGGAGAGAGGGUGGGGUGACACUGCUGAGCGUGUCCUUGAGUCCAUUCAACUCCUCUUGGAUCUUCUUGAGGCACCUGACCCGUGCACCCUCAAAACUUUCCUAGGAAGAAUCCCUAUGGUCUUUAAUGUGGUGAUCCUUUCACCCCAUGGUUACUUUGCUCAAGACAAUGUCUUGGGAUACCCUGAUACUGGUGGCCAGGUUGUGUACAUCUUGGAUCAAGUGCGUGCAUUGGAGAAUGAGAUGCUCCAACGCAUUAAGCAACAAGGCUUGGAUAUUGUUCCUCGCAUUCUCAUUGAUGUUGCUCAUGAGCUUGCCAAAGAGUUGCAAGGGAAGCCUGAUCUGAUCGUUGGAAACUAUAGUGAUGGAAACAUCGUUGCCUCUUCAUUGGCACAUAAAUUGGGUGUUACUCAGUGUACCAUUGCUCAUGCACUUGAGAAGACCAAAUACCCCGAAUCCGACAUCUACUGGAAGAAAUUCGAAGAGAAGUAUCACUUCUCAUGCCAAUUCACAGCUGAUCUCUUUGCAAUGAACCACACUGACUUCAUCAUCACCAGUACAUUCCAAGAGAUUGCUGGAAGCAAGGAUACUGUUGGACAGUAUGUGAUAGGAACCCAGAUAUUAGUAGUCCUAGUAUUGCUAAGGUAUUUGUUAGGAAGGGUAGAAAGGGAAAUAAAAUUGAUUCCCACUAGUGAUAACUGCCAAGCUGAUGUGGCAGUAUCUUCAGGGUGCUAGGAGUGUGAAAGAGAGAGAAUGCUGAGGUGAGAAUGGCUAUAUAAGCGUGUAUUGUGAGAGAGAGGUUAGGCUUGAUUUGGGAUUAGGCUUGGGAGAGUAGAGGCACUCUCGAAUUGCCUCAGUUUCUUAUCUUUAAUUUUCUACUGUUAUUUGUAAUUCCCUAAAACACUGCUUCUGGGUAUUUUCCAGAGGAUUCAGUGUUCAUCUACCCUAUUUUCACUCUCAGUCAUUGUGCUAUUUUCUGGUUCCUAACAUUGGUAUCAGAGCACCGAUCUAGGUGCUGUGGUAGCCUUUGAUUUGCUAAGAUGUUUCCAGAAUUUGAUGGAAGAGUGGCUUAUGGAUGGAUCAUCACCGUAGAGCAGUACUGUGAGGCCAAGGGAAUAUCAGAGGUGAAGAAAUUCUCAGCGGCGAAGAAGGCAUUGACGCGUGAUGCGCUCCUUUGGUGGAACGACUGGAAAAGAAGAAAUCAGAGGGCAACAUGGAUGGAUUUUGUGAUAGCUCUACUGAGAAAAUUCGAACCAGAUUCGGAUUUGUUUCUGCCAGAUCCAGUUCAAGAUACUGGGGAGGAAGAAAAGCAGACGGAUGAAACCAGAAAAGCCAAAGCCACAAACCUGGAACUGAGAAGAAAUUGGUGUGAAGAAUGGGUCAAGUUUCGUUGCACCGGUGAUGAACGGUUCGAAGGUGACCGGAUUUCAGAGAAUGAGGAAACUGAAGAGGAUCUGACAGAGAACAUCAUCGUGGCAAUGGAAGAGAUGACCAUUGCUGCGAAACUCCAGAUCUGCGACACUCUUCAGGAAUCAAGAGGUGAGGCGGCGGGAGUGAUGCUAAGUGUCAAGCAACCACCACCACCGGAGAUGAUAAAUCAGGAAGAGAAGAAGAUCGAACAAGUACCACCAGACCAAUCAUAUCGUGGGGCCGAUGCGGCAGCGCUAACAUCGGCGACGCCCAUGUUCAUAACGAGGACAAGGUCAGUUUACGACCAACGGUUGUAUACUCUGCAGGCAACGGAAAGCGGAUUGGCCAAUUUGCCACCACCACAACCACCAGAUAAGUCGUGUCAUGCGGUGGUUGAAGAGACGCUUAGAGGAGCAAAAUGGAAGCAAACUCAAAAACAUCCACCACCAAAACCACCGGAGUACUUGGACUGUGGAGGUAAUCCGGCGGCGUAUGCCACAACGCCGGCGCCGGCGAGGUCGGAGGACAAGGCUACACCGGCGACGAGAAUGAGAGAGAAGAUAGCAGAAGUUUCUAGACGUCUGAAGGCAAGUGCAUGGGCAAAAUGGGUGAAACAGGAAUUGGACCCUUCUCUCAGCAUAAUGGGCCUGGCCCAACGUGAUAGUAGAUGUGUUGCAACAGUAUGAGAGCCACACCGCCUUCACCCUUCCUGGACUCUACUGAGUUGUCCACGGUAUCGAUGUCUUCGAUCCAAAGUUCAACAUUGUCUCACCCGGAGCUGAUCAGACCGUUUACUUCCCGUACACUGAAACUAGCCGUAGGUUGACAUCCUUCCACCCUGAAAUUGAAGAGCUUCUAUACAGCUCAGUAGAGAAUGAAGAACACAUGGGAUCUGAUUUGGAGGUGGAAAGAGUGUUUGAAUUAGUGCAAAUUAGGUCUUGGAAUUGGUUUACAGUGAGAUUGCAGGGCUUUCACUCUUCAUUCUGUGCUUGACUACAUGAGAAGAGUGUGUGACUUGAAUAAACUUUCUAAGUAUGAUUUAUGCAUGGAUUAUCAACUAGUUCUAAUGCGGAUGGAGAUUGGAUUUGACUCACUUUUCUAAGUGUGUUAAAAUUUCUCAUUCCUUUCUGAAUCUCUUGCAAUUGUAACAUGACAGAGUUAGGUGGUUAAUCCGAAGUGAGUUAAACAUUGCUAAAGCAUCAACACCUCUUAUAGGUCUAUGCUUGUUCCUGAUAACUGAAGUAUUUGCUUACCUGCAUUCUUGAGGAUCUGAAGAAGCUUCCUUCCCAUGCCGAAGUUGAGAAACUUCAUGGCCUUCCACAUGCAUGCAGGGGUGACAAAUCUGAACAACGGCAUCUAUGGCAUCCUCAAUGGUUGUGGCAAAGGGAAUACAAUGGACUUUGUCUUGAGAAGAUUCAUGACAAUAAUAUCUGUAAUAAAACUUAGCAAAUUAUAUUCCCCCCCCCCCCCCCCCCAAUUGCAGAGACGCUGAUACAACAAAGGAACGUAUUGGAAAACUACUAAAAGCUGGAGCCGAUGUUGUUUUGACUACUAAAGGGAUUGAUGACAUGGUACUUGUGGUAUGUUUUCUUUCCUUUUGCACCGAUUGGCUUCUUGUGUGAACUGUGCAUUUUUAAUUGUGAGAAUGUAAUAUGAGGCUCUAGGAUCUAAGACUAGCUUGUCUCCUAGAUUCAUUGUGUUGUUCAUAUUUUUUAUGUACUCAUUCUAUUAGUUUGUUAUUCCAAUUUUCAA